AUGUACUACGACUUUGAUUGGAAAGAAGCCGCAUUCUCUUCAAGGAGCCUGCCAGUCGUCACAGGUGUCCUCUAUUUGCUCAUGGUUUUCAUUCUACCCAGAUUUGUUCCUGCUGGUGGUUAUAAGUUGGAUCGCAUCUUGGUGGUGCACAACUUGCUUCUGAGUGCAAUGUCCUUGGUUCUUUGUGUGGGCUGUGCAUGGGAGAUGUUCCGCCGUGCACAGAGCGAAAAUACGGAGUGGAUGUUUUGUGAGAACCCAGAGACCCCUGCGCAAGGCCCUCUCUAUUUUUGGUCAUAUGCUUUCUACGUAAUGGUCUGGAAUUGGCUUGAAUACCGCAUGAAUCUUCAGCACAUAGGACUCCUGUGGAACACAUUCGUCCACGUGGUGAUGUACGCGUACUACGGUUUGAAGGUAUUGAAGAUACCAACGCCGUGGAAGAAUUGGGUGACGCGACUCCAAAUCUUGCAGUUCUUGACCAGUGUAGCCUUUGGCGUUGGGGCCAUGAAGCAUAUGUGGGAGGCACCAUUUGGAAACAAAUGUGCCGGCCAGACGACCAUGUGGGUCAACCUGGCAUUCAACAUCACUCUCCUUUGGCAAUUUGUUGGGGUGCUUUUUUCUCCAGUACGUUCCGCAGGUUUGAAGCAAAGUCCCGCGGACUCACCGAAGAAGGACUGA